GUCUGGUCCUGAUUAGUUCGUGCCUGUCAUGUAUCAGACGUCCAUUGGUCCCUGCUCAGGUGGACGAGCGCAGUCCUCCCUGGGAGUUGUAGUCCUCUAUUGUUGUCCACGCUGCAAUAUGAAAGGACGAAUGGACGAGCUAAAUCAAAAGGAAAGGAACUUCCAUUGCAAUGAGUCCUCAAGCGCCACGCCUACGGUCUAUUCGCCAAGCUGCAGCCUUCAGCCACGACUUCAACCCGCAACCCAUUUUCAUUUCUCAUGAGUCAGCGGACACCAUAUCUGGGAGGACCGAGGAAGGUCGCUCUGGCCGCACUAGAUGUACGGGAUGACGACUAUGAUCAUGGAGGACACCCAGGUUAUUAACUGGGAGGCUGAAGAAGAGGAGGUUGAAGAGGGACCCAGUGAACCUUUGGGGUGUAACUUGCAGCCCGUAGGGCAACUGCGUAUCUUCAGUAGUUCCUAUGGACCAGAAAAAGAUUUCCCACUCUACCUUGGGAAGAACGUGGUGGGCCGAAUGCCCGAGUGCUCUGUGGCCCUGCCUUUUUCAUCCAUCUCCAAACAACAUGCAGUGAUUGAAAUCUUGGCCUGGAACAAGGCGCCUGUCCUCCGCGACUGUGGGAGCCUCAAUGGCACUCAGAUCCUGAGGCCUCCCAAGGUCCUGGGCCCUGGGGUGAGUCAUCGUUUGAGGAACCGGGAGUUGAUUCUCUUUGCUGACUUGCCCUGCCAGUACCAUCGCUUGGAUGUCCCCCCGCCCUUGGUCUCUCGGGGCCCUCUAACUGUAGAGGAGACACCCAGGGGACAGGGAGGAACUCAACCGCACAGGCUUCUGUUGGCUGAGGACUCAGAGGAGGAAGUAGAUUCUCUUUCUGAAAGGUGUGUGGUGAAAGGACCAAAGACUUCUUUGACAACAGUGAUUCCAGAGAGUGAUGAAGAGGGGCCUUCCCCCGCCCCAGAUGGCCCUGGACCACCUUUUGCCUUCAACUUGAACAGUGACACGGAUGAGGAAGAAAGUCAGCAACCAGGAGCAGGAGAGGCUCCCUCAGCUGCAGAGACAGAACAGCCUAAACCUGUCACAACCGAAAUCCAGCUCAUAAAGGACCAGUGUCCAGUGAAGGAGAAGCACAAGGACGCAAGAGUUAAGAGGGCUGCCAGCAAUGGGGUGGUUCCAGUUGGGGCGAUUCUGGAGAGGAGCCAGCCUGCUGGGGAGGACAGUGACACAGAUGUGGAUGAGGGGAGUGGGCUUCCACGGAGGCCAGCUGGAGCCCAUUCAGAAAGGGCCCAGCCUUGUGGCUUCAUAGACAGUGAUACUGAUGCGGAAGAAGAGGGGAUCCCCGCCACCCCAGCAGUAGUUCCCGUGAAGAAGAGGCAGAUCUUCCAUGAAGUUGGGACAGAGAGCCCCCAGGCACCUGGCGUGGCACAUGCACAGGAGAGCCCGGCUGGUAGUGAUACAGAUAUAGAGGAGGGAGAGGCCCCCCGGACGGUCCCUCUGGACAGCAGCCGAGCCUCCAUGAUGAUCGACAGCAACAUGGAUGACGAGGAAGAAGUCUCAGCGGCGCUCACUCUGGCACGUCUGAGAGAGAGCCAGGCUGUUCCAUGGAACAGAGAUGCAGGUGCAGGAGACCACAGGGCCCAACCUGUGGCCCUUCUGGAUCAAAGCCAGGCCUCUGCUGGGAGAGACAGUGACACAGACAUGGAAGAAGAGGGGCUCCCCCUAGAAAAGAGAGGAAGUCUCCCCAAGGGUCCUGCAGACAAGGCCCAUCCAGAAAAGAGCCAGCCUCCUCUCAGGGGCAGUGACGUGAAGGUGGAGGAAGAUGAGCGCUCACCUGGAGUCCACCCAGGGAGAAGCCAAGCCUCUGCCACUGUGGACGCCAUCACCCAAGUGGAGGAGAAAGCCCCACCAAGGCCAGCUGUUACACUUUCAGAGAAGCAUCAGGUGCCUGUGGCAUGGACACCUCAAACAGAUGUGGAGGCAGAAGGCGACCCAGCAAAGCUGCCUGUGGUGCAUCCAGCGGAAGCCCGCCCUCCUCCAGCUGGGGGCCAUGAACCAGAUGUGGAAAAGAACACGUCCUUAGCAGCCUCAGCUGGGGCAGACGUCAGAAAGAGCCAGCUUCUGGCAGAAGGGGAUGCUGGGACGGAGUGGGCUGUAGCCAUUCUUGAACAGGACCGAGCUCUUGGGGCCGGGGCCCAGAGUGUGUCAGCCAGGGCACAGGUGGGGCAGGACCUUCCCCUUGUCUCAAGAGAGCACCUAGCAGAUGUGGCGGUGGACACAGGCGCUCCAGGGGAAGCCACCCAGACACAGAGAGAGGGAACCCAGGCCCUCACAGAGAGGGAGAGAGAACUAAACGUGGACAGGACCAUAGACUCUGGAGACAACCGUGACGAUUCUGAAGAUCUGGACCUGCAAGCCACCCAGUGCUUUGUGGAGGGAGAGAAUCAGAGCCCGGAAGCAGUCCCCAGCAUGGAGGAUGAGCCCACCCAGGCCUUCCCGUCUACUCUGCCCCAGGAGCCUGGCCCUUCCUGUUGCAGCUUCCAGGCCUCAGGUACCCUGGAUGAGCCAUGGGAGCUCUUAGCUACACAGCCAUUCUGUCCAAGAGAGUCUGAGGCCUCUGAGAUCCAGCCCGUUGACACCCACCUGGAGGCCCGUGGCCUUUGCCCCUCUCCACCUAGGGCAGCACUGCCAGAGCAACACCCAGAGAGCCCAGAGCCACUGGGGAGUCAGGGUGGAGGGCGGCAGACUGUGGAGAAAGCCACGGGUACCCCGAGAGAAACAGCAGAGGGGCCGACCCCUGAGAGAGGGCCCCUGGAGAGGGCAACCAAGGAGCCGCCAUCAGAAGGAGAGAGGGGAGGGAUGGGAGAGGAGGGGUUACCCAGGGGGACACAGGACAGGGAAGAAAAACAGGUGUUAGCUGGAGUUACUCAGAGACAAGAGUCUGACAGAACAGUGAAAAGUACAAGCACUGACGGGGGCCUGGAGAGUUUGCAGGUAGAAAUUGAGACACCCAAGGAAAUGCAAGAGAAUGAGAUAGAAAAGCAGACUCUUGCAAGAGACAUGCUGGAGAGGGAAGCAGAGAAACCUGUAGCAGAGAGAGAGAGUGAGGCAGGUGGGCCAGAAGUAAAGGUGCCCGAAGCCGUACAGGACAGAGGCCCACUGAGAGCGGAGGCAGAGGGGACCAGCCAGGACCAGAAAGGCCAGGCCUCCAAUCUGACACCAGAGCCUGGAGCGGGGGUGGGGUACCUUCAGGGACUUGCUUCAGCCCCAGCAGCUCCCCGGAGCCAGGCAGGUGGAGGAGGGGAAGCCCCAGUGAGCCCCAGGAGACAGCAGAGAGGUGACUUGAAUUGCAAGAUGCCACCUGCUGAGAAGUCUGGGGGUGAUCAGGAAUCCCCGGAGGCUUGUCUGCCUCCUGAACCGCCUGAAGCGUCAGCCCCACUCCAGAACCCUCUCCCCUCUCAGAGCCCAAAGCAUCCUGCACCUCAAUCCCGCCUGUCCCCCCCUCCCCCUCCUUUAGAACAGUCCACUCCCAGGACCAGGCCACCUCAGAGUCAGGAGUCCCCAGAGCCUCCCUUUUCCUCAGAGCUGGACCCUCCCAACCCAGAACCCAAAGUCAGGCCCCAGGGGUCCCCUCCACUUUCUCCUAUACCCCUCGAGGCCCACCCUACCUCCCCCACAGACCAGGCCGGCAGCCCUGAGCCCACAUCUCGGGCCGCUCGUGGCGGGACACAUAGGUCCUUUGAAGUGACCCCCAUGUCAGUUGUCCCCACAGCCCUUGAGCUGCAGUCCUCUACCUCCGCAGACCAGCCUGUGGUCCCCAAGCCCACACUUCGGGCUCCUUGGGGCAGGACACAUAGGUCCUCCGUCAAGACCCCUGAACCAAAUAUCCCCACAGCCCCUGAGCUCCAGCCUUCCACCCCCACAGACCAGCCUGUUGCCCCUGAGCCCUUAUCUCGGGCCACUCGGGGCCGGACACCUAGGGCCUCUGUCAAGACUUCUGAACCAGUUGUCCCUGCAGCCCCUGAGCCCCAGCCUUCCACCCCCACAGACCAGCCUGUGGUCCCCAAGCCCACACUUCGGGCUCCUCGGGGCAGGACACAUAGGUCCUCCGUCAAGACCCCUGAACCAAACAUCCCCACAGCCCCUGAGCUCCGACCUUCCACCCCCACAGACCAGCCUGUUGCCCCUGAGCCCUUAUCUCGGGCCACUCGGGGCCGGACACCUAGGGCCUCUGUCAAGUCCCCUGAACAAAAUGUCCCCACAGCCCCUGAGCACCCACAGCCUUCCACCCCCACAGAUCAGCCUGUCACCCCCAAACCCACAUCUCGUGCCACUCGGGGCAGGGCACACAGGUCCUCUGUCAAGACCCCCGCAGCCUCUGAGCCCCUGCCUUCUGCCUCCACAGACCAGCCCAUCACCCCCAAACCCACAUCUCGGGGCAGGGCACAUAGGUCUUCUGCCAAGACCCCUGAACUCCAGCCUCCCACCUCCACUGGUCAGCCUGUCACCCCCAGACCCACAUCUCAGGCCACUCGGGGCAGGACACAUAGGUCCUCUAUCAAGACCCCCGAACCAGUUGUCCCUACAGACCCUGAGCCCCAGCCCUCCACCCCCACAGACCAGCCCAUCACCCCUGAGCUCACAUCUGCAGCCACUCGGGGCAGGACACGUAGGUCCACUGUCAAGACCCCCGAACCAGUUGUCCCUACAGACCCUGAGCCCCAGCCCUCCACCCCCACAGACCAGCCCAUCACCCCCAAACCCACGUCUUGGGCCACUCGAGGCCAGGCACAUAGGUCCUCUGUCAAGACCCCUGAACCACAUGUCCCCACAGACCCUAAGCCCCAGCCCUCCACCCCCACAGACCAGCCUGUCACCCCCAAACCCACAUCUCGUGCAACUCGGGGCAGGGCACGUAAGUCCUCUGUCAAGACCCCUGAACCAGUUGUCCCUACAGCCGCUGAGCCCCAGCCUUCUGCCUCCACAGACCAGCCCAUCACCCCCAAACCCACAUCUCGGGGCAGGGCACAUAGGUCUUCUGCCAAGACCCCUGAACUCCAGCCUCCCACCUCCACUGGUCAGCCUGUCACCCCCAGACCCACAUCUGGGGCCACCCAGGGCAGGACACACAGGUCUUCUGCCAAGACAUCCCAAGCAGUUGAACCCACAGCCCCUGUCCUUGAACCUCCCUCCCCCAUAGGCCAGCCUGUCACCCCCAAGGUCAUAGCUGAGGGUGGUCAGAACAGGAUACUCAGAUCUUCUAGAGUAGGUGCUGUGCCAGGUCCUACCCCCCCUGAACUCCAGUGUCCUGUCCCCGCAGAACAGCCUGUUCCCCCUGAGCCCAUCCCUCGAGCCAGUUGCAGCAGGAGGCCUCGGGCCACUAGGAAGCGGGAGUCUCUCACAGCUCACGUUGGUCCUGACCCCUGCUCUGCUCCCCCUGAACCUAAUUCCCGGUCCUCAAGGACCCAGUCCCUUAGCACCACUCCUGAGCCUACCCUCCCUCAGCUUCCUGAGGCACCGGCUCAUGCUCCCCAGAUCCCAAAGGUGGAGGCAGCAGGUAGACCUGGCUUCACCCUAGAGCCCCAGCCGAAGGCCACCCAAAAGCGCAAGAGGCCUUUGGCUCCUGCAGAUUCACCCCCACUUCCAAAACGGCUCCAAAGAGGGGAAGUGCCCCCGAAGACAGUGAUCCUCGAGGAAGAAGAAAAUCCUACAGCAAGGCCUGGGAGAGAAGAGGAUGCAGUGAUUCCAGAACCAGGCAAGAGAAAGAGAGACCAGACCGAGGAGGAGCCCCGGGGAGUACCGAGCCGCAGCCUGCGCCGGACCAAACCUGCACAAGAGUCCACGGCCCCCAGAGUGCUCUUCACGGGUGUGGUGGAUGCUCGUGGAGAGCGGGCGGUGCUGGCCCUGGGGGGCAGUCUGGCCAGCUCAGUGGCCGAGGCGUCCCAUUUGGUGACCGAUCGGAUCCGCCGGACAGUCAAGUUCCUGUGUGCCCUGGGGCGGGGCAUCCCCAUCCUCUCCCUGGACUGGCUGCAUCAGUCCCGCAAGGCAGGUUGCUUCUUGCCUCCAGAUGAGUAUGUGGUGACUGAUCCUGAGCAGGAGAAGAACUUUGGCUUCAGCCUCCGGGAGGCCCUGAGCCGGGCUCGGGAGAGAAAGCUGCUAGAGGGCUAUGAGAUUCACGUGACCCCAGGAGUCCAGCCACCGCCCCCUCAGAUGGGAGAGAUCAUCAGCUGCUGUGGGGGCACCGUCCUACCCAGCAUGCCCCGCUCCUAUAAGCCUCAGAGAGUUGUGAUCACGUGCUCCCAGGACUUCCCUCGAUGCUCCGUUCCAUUUCGGCUUGGGCUGCCUGUCCUCUCACCUGAGUUCCUGCUGACAGGAGUCCUGAAGCAGGAGGCCAAGCCAGAGGCCUUUGUCCUCUCCACUUUGGAAAUGGCAUCUGCCUGAAAACCCCACCCCAGGACCACCCCCCCCCCGCCCCCGCCACCGCCCCAGACCAAUAAAUAAGGUGUUAGAACGUAUUUGGAAGAAUGAACUUAGGGCUUUAGAAAGGAUUGGGGUGUCCUGAGCUGAUUUGUCUUGGAACAUGGGUGGGGCCGAAAAGGUUUAUGGAGGAAAGAUAAGGAGAUUGGGAGCCAUAGAUUUUCCUUAAUGGCCAAUCCCACGCUCAGAUAUCUUUAAGUAGCUGCUCAUAUUUAGCUGGACUGAUGUCCUUUUUGCUCUAUGGCAUGCAGUGUCCUGCCUCCUGUCUGGAAGCCAUUUAUUUCUUUUUCUUUCUGGAAUUCUUAUUCUGCAAGAGGUAGUGGAAACAGUGUUAGCGUCGGGAACUUGAAGGGAUGCUUGAAAUGAGUAGACUGGAGUGUGGGGUUAUGGAACGCUACUAAAUUAUUUUCCUUUUUCCUUGCUCCGUCUUUAACUUUGAAGUUGAGUAAAUCUCUACUUUUUUUUUUUUUUUUUUUGCCUGCGUUUCCAGUAUUUAUAAAGUUAGAGCUUAGGCUUAACCUCUGUGAUAAAUAAAUAUUCACUCUGUGCCUUA